AUGCUGCUUCAGGCCAGUAGAGCCGCCGACGUUAUAGCACUAAUUGACGGGAUGAAAUGUAAAGUUCGUAGUAUAUUAGCAUUAUGGGAUCCUAAUGCGGUGGAGGAGUCUUUGUCUUACAUUGGAUGGCCUAAAAACAACUGCAAUCAAGAAACAGACAGUCAGACGAUGGCCACUAUAGUGCGAUUGACCGAGCAACUGGGCGUAUUCGAAACAAUGAGUUCAGAUUGUGAUACAUUCGAUGCGUCGUCGAGUUCAAGUUCGAAGGAAACUUCGCCAACGGUAGAUCUGCCUACUUUAACAUCUAGCGUACCGAACAUGUGUCCGGGAGAUUGCGGGAAGAAUACAAAAACUAAUGACAACACCGGACUACAUUUCCAUCACGACUACUUCAAGAGCGAAAGAGAGGAGAGAAGCUGGCAUUCGUUUCGCUCCGUACGAGCGAGGCCGAGAUUGAACGAAACCCAGAGUUUGUCCUUCGAAUCUAAUAAGACGAGACACGGCAGCCUGAGAUACGAUAAUAAAUGUUCAGCGUCACUGGAGCAAGUUUCGUAUAAAUGUCUAAUGGACAAUCUGACUGCGAGCGACAAGAGAAAGAAUUCUGUACCUAGAAGGGAGUCUUUGACCCUAUCGAGUAUUGGCCAUUUGGACCCGGCAGUCAGGGAAACUAACAGGGCUUAUCUGAAGACCGUCGGCGCUAAUAUCGAGGAGACUUUAGCGGCACUGGUGGCAGUUCUAACAAGUUAUGUUGAAGAAUGUCGCGCCAUUACUGACGAUGACUUGGAGGUCAUAAAGCGUCAUACUGACUCGGUACGGCGCGCUGCUGACGAAGCGUCGCGCUGGUUACGUGUUUCGCACGCGGCGCUGCGGCUUCGGUUUGAAGCGCCGCAUUUCGCGAGAGAACAGGCCGCGCUCCAAACUAGAAGGGAUACAUGUUUCUCGCAAGCGUUGGCCACGGUGACUACUGGACUUCUAUGUUGGCUAUGUUCCACACCUGGUGACGUAAUAGUGAAGCUUCUUGGCAGCGGUCUCGGACCACUGUGUGCCUUUGAAGGUCUACUCAGUCUGUAUUCUACUGAGAAGGCAAUGUGGGGUGAUAUGGUGGUCGCUGUGGAAGACUUGCAGACGGUCGUGUUUGCCCUCACUAAAGUGGGGCACAGUAAUUCCGCCAUUCCACAAGUGACAGGCACCAGAGGUUCAUUGACCGUUAAUAUACCUAUAUCAGACUCUCUCUAUACGAAAUUUGCGUCCAAAGAGCAUCUGAAGUUCACCAUAACAGCUGUAUUCUUCAACGUGGGCAUCAACGAGAAAGCCUCAUUAGCUGAAGCGUUGGGUGAGACGACGCCACAAUAUCAUUCGAACAGUGACAACCUGGACCGUAUCAACAAGUAUUGUCAGAAAUAUGGGAAAGUGUUCCCUGCUGAUCAUCUCGCUGCUAGUAGAGCGUCUUCAAGGACGAAGCCCCUACAGGAAGUGAUGGAGAAUCUAAGGAUAGCAGUGCACAAGAAAGUGCCAAAGAACGUGGAGGUGUUACACUUGGCUGCACUGGCCACUCGUCUGAUGAACGGCAUCAGGUUCACGUCGUGUAAGAGCGCGAAGGAUAGAACGGGAAUGUCUGUCACACUCGAACAGUGCUCGAUACUCGCCAGCGAGUACCAUCUCGCUGAGCACGAGAUGCAGAAGGCUUUGAAUAUAAUGCGCAGCGAGGGUUGCCGUAGGGAAAACACACUGAAGAAUAUAGGGGUGAGGAAAUAUGCGUUCACCAAGAAGCAGGUGGCAUCCCUGCCAGAAGACUAUAGGCCUCCGCCUGGCACGUACGGCUCCUCGCACACGUAA